UUCCUCAAACUCAGUACCAAACUAGUGUGAAAUUGUGAUGGCGGCAAAUGAUGUAUUCCUGAGUUUUAGAGGAGGGACGCGCUACCGAUUCUCGGAUCAUCUGUAUGGUGCUUUGCGCCAAAAUAGAAUCGAGACGUUCAGAGAUAAUGAAAAUCUGAGGGUAGGGGAUGAACUGGAACCUAUUCUUAUGAAGGAAAUCGAAAAUUGCGAAAUGGCAGUAGUGGUGCUUUGUGAGAACUACGCAUCUUCGACAUGGUGUCUUCGUGAGCUAGUCAAGAUCAUUGACUGUCACGAAAAGCAAGGGAAGCAGGUUCUGCCAAUUAUUUACAGAGUGAAUCCUUCAGAUGUGUGGGAUCAGAAGGGUUGCUAUGAGACAGCCAUGGCUAAACAUGAGAACAGGGAAGACCCUCAGAAGGUCAAAGCAUGGCGAUUAGCUUUGUCCAAAGUGGAAAAGCUAGGAUGGGUGCACUGCAAGGAGGACAUGUCUGAACCGGAGUUUAUCAAGGUUAUUGUUAGAGACACCGCUGGCAGAUUACCGUUGCCUGAACCAACUGAUCAUGUAGUUGGACUGGAUACUCGCUGUGAAGAAGUAAAAUCACGACUAGAUAUUGAGUCUUAUGAAAAUGUUUGCAUGUUGGGAAUUUAUGGACCCGGUGGAAUAGGCAAAACCACAUUGGCCAAAUGUCUGUUCGACAAGAUCAAGCGGCAGUUUGAAGCUUCAUGUUUUCUCGGUAAUGUCAGAGAAAAAUCUGAAAGUCGUGAAAGUUUAGAAAGUCUGCAAAAGACACUUUUAGAUGACAUGGGUGAGGAGACAAUAACCGAGUUUGGAAGUGAAUUUAAGGGAGGAUCUGAAAUCAAACGAAGACUUCGCCACAGAAGAGUACUUCUAGUUCUUGAUGAUGUUAAUUCAAUAACGCAACUGGAAUCACUGGCUGGAGGGCAUGAUUGGUUUGGUUCAGGCAGCAGAAUCAUUAUAACAACAAGGGAUACUGAUAUGGUAGACAAGCAUGUGAUGGGUGAUGUUGUCACCAAGAAAUACAAGAUGGAGGAGCUAAAUGAUGAUGAUUCCUUGGAACUCUUUUCUUGGCAUGCUUUCAACAGCAAAGAGCCUGCAGAGAACUUUGAAAAUGUUUCAAGAAAUGCAAUAAGUUAUGCAAAGGGCUUUCCACUUGCUUUAGAAGUAAUAGGCUCCCAUUUAGGGGGUUUUGAAAGUGUGGAUAGCUGGGAAGAGGAACUGGACCAGUAUAGAAUUGAUCCAAGUAUUCAAGGAGUACUUAAAAGAAGCUACGAUAGCUUGUAUGAACUUGACCAGAAAACUUUCUUGGACAUUGCUUGUUUCUUCAAAGGAGAGAAAUGGGAGUAUGUUAAAAGGGUAUUGAAAGCUUGCGACUUCUACCCAGUUGUUCGAGUGUUCAUUAGUAAAUGUCUCAUCACUGUAAAUCAAAAUGGCUGCUUGGAAAUGCAUGAUCUAGUGCAAGACAUGGGCAAGGAGAUUGUAACGAGCGACUCGCCAACAAACCCUGGUGAACGUAGCAGAUUAUGGUCUCAUAAAGACAUUCUUCAGGUUCUCAAAGAUGACACAGGAAGUAGUUCAAUUGAAGGAAUAAUGCUUCACCCUGCUACCCAUGAAGAAGUAGAUCAUUGGAUUACUACUGCCUUUAACAAGAUGGAGAACCUUAGAAUUUUAAUUGUUCGGAAUACAAUAUUUUCAACGGCGCCAAGUUGUCUUCCAAAGAGUUUGCGACUAUUGGAGUGGAAAGGAUAUCCAUCAGAGUCGUCCCCACUUGAUUUUCAUCCCAACAGAAUUGUUGACCUCAAGCUACCUCACAGUGCUCUUAAAUUGGAAAAGUCAUUUCAGAUAUUUGAGGAUUUGACAUUUAUCAAUCUCUCCCAGUGUCAGUCCAUUACACAAAUUCCCAAUGUGUCUGGAGCAAAAAGCUUGAGAGUCUUCACACUAGACAGAUGCCAUAAGUUGGUAAAGUUUGAUGAAUCUGUUGGGUUUCUGCCAAAUCUUGUGUACUUAAGUGCCUCAGAGUGCAGGGUGCUUCGUAGUUUUGUGCCAAGAAUGUAUUUGCCAUCUCUUGAAGUGCUUUCAUUUUACUUUUGUAAGAAACUUCAGAACUUCCCAGAUGUCAUGCAAAAGAUGGAUAAGCCAUUAAAGAUUUACUUAGCAAAUACUGCUAUCAAAGAGUUCCCAGAUUCCAUUGGUAAUCUUAUAGGGCUUGAGCAUAUAGACAUUUCAAUAUGCAGAGGACUCAAAGAUCUACCAAGUAGCUUCUUCAAGUUGCCGAAACUUUUCACAUUAACCAUGGAGGGAUGUUAUCAUCUUAGAAGAUCAUUUAAGAGGUUCAAAGAGAGUCAUUCCACAUUAGAUGACUGCCCAAAUAUAAAGAGACUGAACUUCACUGGUGCCAAUCUAUCAGAUGAAGAUCUUCAUCCAACUAUUCAGGUUCUUCAAAAGUUGGAAGACGUCAAUGUAUCACACAAUGAUUUUGUAUCCCUCCCAAAUUGCAUCGAACGAUCUGUGCACAUAAAAUGUCUUGAUGUUAGUUAUUGUAAGAAUCUUAAGACAAUUCCAGAACUGCCAUCCAGCAUUCAAAAAGUAGAUGCAAGAUAUUGCUUAUCCUUAACUUCAGAGUCCUCAACCGAACUGUGGUCUAAGGUCUUACUAGAGACCGAAAGAAUUCAAAUUGUGAUGCCAAAAAAGGAGAUUCCCAAUUUGUUUGACUGCGAUUCCAGUGAAGGUAUUCCUCUGUUUUGGGCUCGCAGAAAGUUCCCUGUUGUUGCUUUAGCAUUCAUGUUUGGGAGAUCCACUGUGAGCAACAGUGUUGCUGAGACAAGGACUGACAUCCUGGGUUUCUUCCCUCAAAUUGGUUCAUCCUUGUCCUUCAUUGUUCGCCUUCACUUGUUCAUUGGUGGCAAACAAAUAUUUCCGAAGGAUUCCAAAUAUUUCAGUGUUGGGGAAGAUCAUGUGCUACUUUUUGAUCUACGAGCUUUGUUCAGUGACGAAGAGUGGCAUGAUCUUGAUGCGUAUCUUGGAGUUGGAGACGAUGGUUGGAAAGCCAUUCAGGUUCAAUGUGAAUCACCAUUAAGUCUCAGUCAUUGGGGUGUGUAUGUGUAUAAGCAAGACACAAACUCGGCUGAUAUUCAAUUCAAGAAUCCCAAUCCCAAAUCUCCGUUGUCCGACUUGGUUCCAAAAAGAAGUCCGCAUGAACCCCAGGAAAGUAUGAUGAGACAAGUGGCAGAAAAUUUGAAUCCAAGAGAAUUACUUGGUGACUAUUUGCCUCUUGUGGAGUUAACAGAAGUUCCCUCUUUUACAUCGGCAUUGCUGAGAUCGUUGAGGACUGGUAAGGCUGAAGCAACAAGGCCGGAAUCUUCGGCCUAUGGUGCAAGCUUAAAGCAGGAACAUGAAGAAUCUAAUUGGAAUGUUUCGAGGGUGAUGGACAUGAUAAAGGAUGAUGUGCCUACACAUAUUGCUGAUGCAUACUCUAAUGAAAUACGAGAAGGACGGCGAUUUGUAGAAGAACUGAUGAGGGCACGCAUGGAAUUGUUGAAGGAAAAGGGACAAGAGAGGAUGGAUAUUGAUAUGGCAAUCGUUUUAGAGCAACAGCGGUCUGGAAGACCUCCGUCCCGUCGUUAUUGGGGAAGGCUGCACAUAAAGCAUGAAGAGCUAACCGCCAAAGCAAUUUUGAGGAAGACAACGCAACUAGCGUGGGGAUUUUGGAAUCCCGGCAGUACAACGAUAAAAGAGAAGGCAACCGCUGUUCUCUUGAAAUGCACGGGGCAAGGGGAAUCGUCAGAAGAAGAAAAUAAUGAUCCUGUGUUGGCAGAAUUAUUAAGCCAGAUUGAGGAAGAUGCUAUGCGCUUCAAUAGGUCAUAUGGGAAGAUGAAGGCAUGUAUUAUCUUAACUGACGAUGCUGAUGAUCUCAUUUCUGAAGAAUAUACAGCAGAAUUCAUGCUUAUGAGAGGAAAAGAAAAUGCGGAAAUGAGAGGGAUGUCGCAAUGGGGAGGGUUUGAAUUGUUGCUAUAUGAAAUGAUGAGAGCAUCAGGAACAAAUAUGUUUGGAUCGGUAGAGUCCGUACCUCGCUUCGAGAAGACAUCUUACGGGAAAAUAAGGGUGGAGAACUAAGCUCAGUGCAGAAGCGAGAUGAUGUUCAAGCUUUACAGGUUGGUGUAUUUGAAUGAGUAUUUCUGUUUUCGAGCAUUAUUUUUAUAUUUAUAACAGCUGUUGUUGUCUUAUUUGCUGGUUAUAAGUGUGUAUGUCGUUUGUUGUUAUUGUUCUUGUGUUAUUUGCAUGUUGAGUUUCUUUUAUAUCUAUUUAUUUUGUUAUGUUUCAUUUGUGGAUUUUAAUGUUUUUCCAUCAAUGUAAUGGACCUCGUGAAGACGUGUAUCAACUAUCAAGUAUGAACUUACUUUAGCUUCAA